AUGGCUGGAGGCAAACCCGAUCAAGGAAACACACACUACACCAAGAGUAACAACAUGUACUCAAUGGGAACCUCCAGGCAGAAGCUUCAGGUUUUUUAUAUGUGGUACAACGUGUCUGGAGUAAAGGAUGGAGGUCUGUAUGGUUUGAAGGGGAUAAUAUACAACUCAGAAACAUCAUUAAUCAGCAACAGCCGAAUAUGGACUUGGGGAAUCUGUUAUGGGACAUUCAAUUUUGGAUCCAAAAACUGCCUUUGUGCUCUUUGGAACAUGUCAACCGAGAAAGAAAUCAAGCAGCUGAUAUUUUAG